AUGGGUAGUGAUUUUGUAGAACAAUCUACUUUAUGUGAAACAUUAAUCAAAACUGCUAAUGUUGAUAAUGAAUAUUAUUCUGGAUCACCUGAAACAGACUUGCAGAUUGCAGAACAUAAGAAUAAUUCGAAAAGUAGGAGUAUAAGAAGAAUAAUAGAUAGUGAAUCUGAGGAAGACACACAAACAAGCGAGAGUUAUAAUUUUGCUCAAAAGGUUUUUCAUACUACUACUGCUAAAAACUAUCGGGCUUUAAUUGAUUCUGAAUCAGAAGAAGAAAAACAAAAUGAAGAAACAGAAUCUGAAAAAGAUACACAAACAAGCGAGAGUAAUAAUUUACCUCAAACGGUUUUUAUUGAUAUUAAAAAAAAAUCUCUUAAAAAGAGACGGGGCUCUAUAAGAGCUUCUAAAGAUGAGGCAAUGCGUCAGAUACAUAGCGAAAGUCAACGUUUAUUAAGAGAAACAGAAAUUUCUUUACCGUAUCAUAGGCCAAAACAGCGUACAUUACAAGAAUUUUUGAAUAGAAAAAGAGUAUCAGCUGUUCUUCCGAAAGCACCUUCAACGGCAGCGAAACUUAAGAUGUCAUCUGCGAUAGUAAGUCAGGUACUUGCGGAAAAGGAAAAAGAAGCAGAACUUUUUUACAAAUCUUCAGAUUCGGAAGAUGAUGUACAAUCUAUGCCUUUAAUUAGUAAAAAUAUAAAAAAAUCUUCCAUUAGAAAUGAAAGAGAGAUGUCAUCAAUAUGUAUUGAGCACACAUAUAUUCAAAAUCCUAAAAAAUUUGUAAUAAGUAAUCGACAUUCUCAAGCUAUUAGAAAAGAGAUUGUACAGAAAAAUCAUUUAGAUGUUAAUGCGUGUGAGGUGUUACUUCAAAAUGAUUUUUGCGAAGUAGAUCAUGGAACUGUAGAGUCAGCUUCCUCAGUAGAUAAUAAUUGUAAUCCAGAUAACGGAUUUGAUACAUUACUAUCACAAAUAACAAAUGAAUAUAAUCAAAAUUUCUCAAAAAUUAGUUUACCAAGAAAAUUGAUUGACAUACAUUUUGAAAAUGACUGUGAAAUGACUGUGAAUGGCUGUGAAACAUAUCUCGAUGAACAGGAAGUAACAAAAGAAACAGCUAAAACUACUUUGAAUAAGAAAAAAUGUAUUAAUGACGACAAAAAGUUAAAAAUUACUGUGACAGAGAAUCAAAUAUCAAAAGUAUAUCAAGAUGAUUCCAAUGUAAUUAAUAGAAGAGAUAAAAAUUCGGUUACAGAAGCAACGAAAAUAGGAACAACUUCUAAUAGUAUAAAUAGUAAGGAAGUACCUGAAACAUUUCAAAGUGAUAAUGAUACAACAGAUAAUAUUAUGUGUUCAAAUUCUGAUGAGUGUACUACACAAAAUAUAAAUAAUGAAAAAAAAGAUCAAUAUUCUAAAAUAAAUGACAUAUCGUCAUCAUCUUUUCUUGUAAUUAAUGAUAUUCAAUCAAAAAUUCAACAUAAUUCUUCAGCAGAUGAAUGUGAAAAGAUUGAUAAUCACCUACAAGUUCUUUCAAAAUCUGCAGACGAGACUUUAGCGAAUAGAAAAAAGUUAUCAACAUUAGUAUCCAAUUCGAAAGUUACUUUAAGAGGAUCGCCAGGUAUGAUUAUUGAUCUAACAGAUGAUGUAAAAUCGAAAAAACAGAGUGAUAAUAAAUCUGAAAUAACUGUUGUACACUUACAAAAUAUGCAGAAUCUUCUUCCAAUUAAUGAAGUACUUCCAUACAAGACACCUGUUAACAUUGAUAAUUCUGAAUUGAAUAAGCCUGGAGCCAAAUUAAUGCGCUUAAAGGAAGAUCUGAAAUUACAAAUGAUUUUAAAGCGUAACAAAGUAUGGAAACUGAAAGAAAUAAAGAUGCAAACGCAGGAGGAAGAAUGGAAUAGAGAGGAAAAAAGUGAUUAUGAUUUAGAUGAACAAGAACAAGCUGAAUUGGAUUUUGUAUCAAGUGACAGUGAAGAAAGCGAAUUAGAAGAGAAUGACGUUUGCAUUAGAGAUAAGAAAAAAAGUAAAUGCCUAUUUGCAGAUGACGAAGCUGAAGUUACAGACAAUGAAGAUUCAAGUAUAGAAGAGACAUGUGAUGAGAGCGAGGAUAAUAUAAAAUAUAAUAAACAAUCUACAAAUUUCAAAUAUAGAAAAGAAUACAUAGACGGCGAUGUAAGUGAAAUAGUAACCGAUCAAGAAGAAGAAAAAGAUGAUGAUGAUGAUGAUGAUGAUGAUGAUGAUGAUGAUGAUAAUGAUGAUGAUAAAUAUGAAGAAGGAAAAGAAGAAAAUGAAGAAAGUUUAGAUGCAAAUAUGAAGAAUGAAAAUGAAUCUGAUUUUAAAGAUAUUGACAAUGUUAAUGCUUGUGAAAGCUUUAACAUUACUAAAAAUGAUAGAAAAAUAAAGUUAACAGAAGAGUUCCAAAACGAUUCAAACGUUACAAAUCCGAGCUGUUUACAAAAUCAUAGCAGUCAAUUAAAUAUGCCAACAGACAUAAAUGCAUCUAAAAUACAUUGCGAUGAUAUUGAUUGGAUAAGUGAAAAUGAAAGCAAUAUGCCUGCUUGUCAACAAGAAAUUUCUACAAGAAGUCAGAUAUGUAAGACACCUUUGACGAAAACAAGUAUGCUCGAUUUGGUUUCUCCUAUAACGCAAUUAAGCGUAUUAAAUACUACCUUAGAAAAUGAAAAAGAUUCAUCACAAAAAAGAGGAUGUUUAGUUGAUAAAUAUGAGUUCCUUUUUAUGAAAAGCACACAGAAUGAUGAACUUUUUGAACAUGUAUGUAAUGUAAAAAAUAAAUCUAUUUUAAAAAAAAAACUAUUUGAUGAUAUUGGAGAAACUGUUGAUGAUGAAUAUCUUAUGCGAUUAUGUUCUGGUAAAUUUGAAUCUCCGCAGAGAACUGAUAUAGAUUUAUUUUCGCAAUCUAGUAUCACUGAAUUGCAGUUAUGUUCAAAUGAUUCUGAGUGUUCUAGAAAUUCUAACGCAAAACUAGUUGCUGUUAAAAAUUCAAAAGACAAAAUGCUUCAAAAUAUAAAAUUGACGUUAGAUGAAGAUUCUAAUAAUUCUGUAAAUCAUGCAGAGAAAAUAAAUAAAGUUAGCGCAAUGAAUUCGGAACUAAAAUUAAGAGUUAUGUCCUCAGAUGACGAGGAUGAAGAUACAUUUCUAAAACCUAAAAAACGUCUAGUCAAAGUAUUGAAUUUGUCUGAUUCGGAAGAGGAGAAUUCUCAAUUCUUCGAUAAAGAAGAUGAUAUAAAUAGUGAAGAGAAACAAUAUGUUGAUUACGAUUCCGAAGAAAAUGAAAUUAUAAUUGUGCCAGAAAAGGAUAUAAAAAAAGUUGCAGCUAGUUUUGUGGAAGAAGAAGCAGAGUUAAGUGAAAGCGAUUGGGAUUCUGCCGAUGAAGAUGAGAAGAAUUUGGAUAAAUUAGAAUUUGAAGAAGCUGAUGAUGAACAUAUAGAUGAACACGAAGUGAAAGAUCAACUGGAAAAGAUCCAUAUAAAACAACUAUUGGAUGAAGAUAAAAGAGACGUGAGAUUGCUGAAAGAGUUAUUAUUUGAGGACGGCGAUUUACAUAGUGAUGGAAUGGGACGUGAGCGUAAAUUCAAAUGGAAAAAUAUAGAUAAGUUAGGAAAUAAUAUUGAGAUGUCAACACAAAUAUCUGACGAGAACGAAGGCUGGGUAGACGUGCAAGAUGAUGAGGAAGAAGCAAAGUGGAGUAAACUUAAAAAUGAAAGAGACAGAUUUCUUGAGGAAAGAAUGAAGUGCUCAAAUAAUGAAAUUGAAGAUGAAUUAUGUCAUAGUAAAAUCUUUAAACUCGGACUGGAAGCUGUUAAGAAGAUCAAAGGUAAUGAGUCACAAAAACAAGAUACUUCUCUCGACAAGGUAAAUUCUUUUGAGAAUAUUGAACCAAUUAUGCCACGGAAUAUAACAGAUCUCUUGAAUGGACCAAGUAUUGGAAAGAAAUCUCAGACGAGAUAUAAUGUUAUAAAAAAACGUUCACUCUUAACUCGAGGAGAAGAAUCGUUAGCGAGGAUAGCAUCAUUGGCAAAACAAAGUGACUCUAUUUCUCAUGCGGUAAAUAUAAGAAGAAAUUUUAUCUUUCCGCAUAUUGAUCAAGACAUAAAUAAUACACUUAAAAAGGAAACAGAAACAAUAGCAGAUUUGGAUUUACAAAUUAAGACUGGAAAGAGAAAGAUGAACUCAAAUACAUCAUCGACAUUGAAAAAAAGGCGAAAAUAAAGCUAUUCUUCACAAAAAAGUAAUAAUUAUUUAUAUAAUAUGUGAAUUUUUUUUACAAGUAAUAUUUAAUAUAAAUUUUAUAUGUAUAGAUGAAAUGAUAAUUAAUGUUUUUGUUGAGCUACUAAACUUGUUAGAUGCACAAAAAUGUUAAUAAUACCUGACUAUUUUAUAUAAAAAUUGCUUCUUUUUGACGAGAAAGCAAUGAAGUGUAAAUGGUUGAACGAUUUUGAAUAAUCAAUUCAGAUUUGUAUGGAA